CUCCUCAUCUUUCCUAGUUACCUGUUCACCUUCACCAGGCAGCUGGAGUUCACAGACUGUUCAAGACUGAAAUAAUAUAACCACUCCCUUCUAUAGAAAGUAUACGUAGGUCCUUUACAUUUACUAAAGGUUGUAUGUGGUGAUUUAGAGAACCUUUAUUCUCAGGCGACAUUGAGCUCAUAUGUGCCUUAAACAGAAAGUGAUCAACGCAUUUUUCUUUAUGUACUUUAUCAACGCAUUCAGCUUUAGUCCUUUUGAAUCAAUAUUUAACUAAGUAACCGUUUACAGACUGGAGAUGAAAGUCUACACUGCGUCUUUUGCCAUGAAGCCAUGCGUAACAUGCUGACUUACUGAAUGUGCCGAACACUUUUACAGAAAGCUAUACUAUAGGCCAACCAUAGCUUGUAGCUGACUUUGAUUAAGUUAACAUGGCGAAAAAUUCUGACUUGGAGUCUUCUUUAGCAUUCAUUAAAGAAUCAAAGUAUAUCACUAGAGCUCAGCUUGAUUCCCUUCUGAAGUCAUACAACUGUUAUUUUAAGGAUAAAAAGAACUUACAAAUAACAUAUCACCAAGAUGACAAAAAACAGAUUGUUUUAUCUGGACUUAUUGAGAUUUUCUGGGGAGUUCAACGACCGAUUAGAUUCCAAAUGCAAGAUGAAAAAUGCGUUUCUUCAGAAUCAAUCCAACUGCCCGAAGUCGUCGGAUCAAGUAUGACAAAAAGUGGAAUGAUGCGCUGGGGUGAAUUUGACGACCUUUAUCACAUUGCAGAGAUAGAUGAACCUGCAGGGAAUUUAGAUUAUGAGUUGGACUCAAAAGAUGAUUCCUCAAAAUAUGACUAUGACACAAGUACUCUCAGACCUAAUCUUAACAACCAAGCUCCUGAUUCACCGUCUUUGUAUAGAACCAUGAGUGACGCUGCUUUAGUGAAAAAAAGGAUUCGGCCCGACACUCCAGAUAAGGCUCAUCAACAGCAGCAUCGGUUUUCUAUCAAUGGUCACUUCUACAACUUCAAAACCUCAAUCUUUACUCCAGCUUUUGGUUCAGAGACAAAAGUCAUGAUCAGCAGCAAUAUGAAAACAAGAGAAGUAAUUGAACAGUUAUUACACAAGUUUAAGAUUGAAACUAGUCCAAGUGAAUUUGCACUAUACAUUAUUCAUGCCUCAGGUGAAAAGAAAAAGCUCAAGGGCACAGACUGUCCGCUUUGGGAAAGACUCUUACAAGGCCCUUCAGGAAGCAUAGCAAGAAUGUUUCUCAUGGACAGAGAAGCUGAAGAAAUCAGCUGUGAUGUAGCACAAUAUAUAAAAUUUAGCCUUCCUCUUUUGGAAACCAUUUUGCAGCGACUGAACGAGGAAGAAGAGCGAGAGAUACAAAGAACAAUUGCUAAGUUUGUUGAUGAGAAAGCCAUACUACUUCAAUAUCUUAAUUCAAAGACUGCUAAAAAGACUGAAACCACGGUAUAAACAUUUCUAAAGAGGGAUCGGAUGUCAAUAAAACUUUUUUAGUUUAUUAUGGCAAGAGUCUACACUUGACAUUUCUGUCUUGGAUCGAAUCUCAUUCUUUACAACGUGCAACACUUCUUGACUGCAUGGAUAUUUGGAGUUUCGCUAUACUAAUACCAGUCUUUAAGGAAAUAUCAUCAAGCAUAAAGAUUUAUGUUAUUCCUCUGUGAUACAAUAUAUUUGAAUGCUAAUUAUUAGAAAUGAAAAGCUGUCAAUGCUGAGACUAUUACUGUAACACUGAAGUGUCGGAUGUUCAGAAUGGAGACAGCCAAAUGAUCGGACUACUUACAGUACAUCUAUUUGGCAAGGAAUGAACUGUCAUUAUUCUUUCCUGACAUUUAAUGUAAACCUAAAGAUUUAUACUAACAGUAAUUUCAUGAUUUUUGUUUUCAUUUAGGGGCAUGUUGGGAGUGGGUGGGAUUAUACCAUGGCCAGAUGAUUUGUUAUGCUAAGUAAGGCAAGGCUGAGGCACUUCCUGCUAUUUAUUCAUGUGUUGCAGGUUAUCAGAAAUCUGUUCUAUGUUCUCUGACUGUGUUCACAUCGAGGAAUAUCUGCUCAAAAUAUUUCUGAGCAGAUAUUCUGCACACAGUGAGUACCGACAGAACAUGCUGGAGCUAGGACUGCUCAGAAAUGUGCUGUUUCUAUAGAUGGCAGUCUAUUUCCAAGAAGAUUCUGCAGAUAGAGCUGACAUGUCAAUUCUUUCUGAAGAGGCUGGAAUUGGAAUUUCCGCAGUAGAAGUUUCCACUGCGGAAAUUCCUCUGUGUGCAUGGUGCAGCAGAAUCUCAUUAAAAACAUGCUGCAACAGAAUCAAGCAAGAAUUCCAAGCAAAAUAUUUCUGCCAGAUUCUUCUCCGAACAUGGAAUUAUGAUGGUAGAUUCCUAUUGCAUAGGUAAAAUCUGCAGCAAA